AAUACAAUGAUCAACACGAGCAGCAAACAUAGCCAGAUCUCGCCACAACAGGUCGCAAUGACCCUGAGAGCAGGAGAGGAGAAGAGGAUAAAAUUCAAUAUCUUUCAGCCGCUGGAAACUCCAGUCGAUCUUUAUUUCCUCAUGGACUUUUCCAACUCAAUGGAGGAUGAUUUGGACAACCUGAAGAAACUGGGCCUCAAGCUGGCUGCUGUGGUGCGGAACAUGUCAAAUGACUACACCAUCGGCUUCGGGAAGUUUGUUGACAAAGUAACUGUUCCACAGACAGAUAUGAGACCUUCAAG